GAGCCGAAGACCCUGAGCGGGGCCCACCCUCCAGCGCAACCCAAUCCAGCAACCAGCAUCCCUUCCCCUCGCCGGUCGGCUGUCGCCGCCUCUCCGUCCGACCGCCUCAUCCCUCGUUUCCAUCCGCCUCCGCGUCCCCCAUCCUCCGCCGCCACCGUUGGCCUCUGCAGUUUUGGCUCUAAGCUACUCUGGGAUUCAAGGAGUACGGAAACAUGAGCUAUUUCCAAGCUACAGUGCACAAACCUCAUGGCAUGCUUACUGCAUACAGGCCAGUAGCUGGUCUUGGAAGGACCCACGAGCUGCUUGGUAGACAUUCUAUGUGCCCACAUUCGAUCGGAUCUUGCAAACUGCAACAGCAACUGUAUCCAAGGCUUGUUCUUGUUUCUGCUUGCUAUAAAAGGCUUGGUCCUGUAUAUGCCUCUAGUGGAAAAGAGAAUCCUGUCAAUGACUCCAUACUUGCCGUAACAAUGUUAUCAAAUGAAUGGUGUUGUAAAACUUCAAUGCCUGUUGGUCAUAAGGCACAUAUUUUCUGUUGGCUUCUCGUUGUGCCUUUCUCAAUGGAAUCUUUGAACAAAGCUAUGGCUCAAGCAAAAAGACCAAAGUCCUUGCAAAACUUGUUGAGAGAGCAGAUGGAUAAGAUUCGAGGACAGGGAUCUGGUGGAAAUGGAGGAAACAAAAACCGAUUUGGAGGUAGUGGUGGUGGUUCUGAUGGCCAAGAGGAUGACUCUUUCAAAGAUUCGUUAUAUGAGAUGAUCCAGAUUUUGAUAGCAACUAUUGCCUUCAUACUUGUGUAUGUCCACAUAAUCAGAGGGGAGGAGUUGUACCGCCUUGCUAGGGACUACACCAGGUAUCUAGUGACUGGUAAGAGGACAGCUCGACUGAAACGUGCCAUGCUGAACUGGCGUGAUUUCUCCGAGCGCAUCACCAAGAAGGAUAGCACACAGGAAGAAGACUACUACGGAAGAUCAGUCUCUUCUGAAUCCACAUGGUGGCAGCAGCCCAAACAGCUUGUUCGUCGUUUGGAGGAGCUCUGCAGAGGCUAUUUGCGCCCUCACGCCCAGGAGUCAUAGAUCUGGUGCCACACUGUUUUGUCGGCCUCUGAAUUUUCAGUGUGGUGAUGCAUAAGUGAGUACCGGCUGCUUGAAAUUUGAGUGUAGGGUAGCUUUGACAAUCUGCUUCCGUUGGUCGUUCUUGCUACUGUUGACUGUUGUGGAAUACAUUCGCUGUCCGAGGUUAGCCUGUUAGGUUCAGAACGGAAAGCAUGGGGGGAGUUCCUGUUCAAUUGUGGUAGUGCUAGUACUUUCCGAGACCCAGCUGCUGCGAUGGUCUGCCGGUCAAUGAUAAUGCUGGUGGCAAACUUGAAUGCUCCAUCCGAC